AUGUUAUAAAUAAUUCUUCGACUUCCGGUGGGAUAGGCAUCAGCUCAUCCUCCAUCUCGUGCAUUCUCUUCUCUGCUUCCCGAUAGUCAUCUCAUCCGAUCUUCCUUUCAAGCACCCCGACAUCUAGAAUACCAACGCCAUGAAAGAAGCCCUCGUGGAUCUAGAAGCUGCUGUUUAUCCUCGGGUGUCCAUCGUGGACUCGCCGAUUCCCACCCCGGCUGCAGGCCAGGUGGUGAUCAAAGUGGUCGCAGCCAGUCUGAACCCCAAGGACUACAAGCACAAGAGCCCUGGCACCAUCAACCAAGGUGACGACGUUGCCGGUGUCGUUCAUCUGACGGGCGACAAUGUCACCGAGUUCAAGGUAGGCGACCGUGUAGCGGCUUUCCACCAGAUGGGAGCUCCUCAUGGCGCGUUCGCUGAAUAUGCGGUGACCUGGGCCUACACGACAUUUCAUAUUCCGGAGAGUGUCUCGUUUGAAGAGGCAUCAACUAUCCCACUUGCUGGAUUGACUGCGGCCCUGGGUCUUUACCAAAGCCUUCGAUUGACGCCUCCCUGGCUCCCGGAGACAGAGUCCCAUCCCUUCGUGGUGUACGGGGGCGGGUCCGCUGUCGGCGCCUUCGCGGUUAAACUGGCCAAGCUAUCCAACCUCCACCCGCUGAUCGUGGUUGCCGGAAAAAGUGGGUCGCAAAUAGAAACCCUUCUAGACCGCUCCCAAGGCGACGUUGUUAUCGAUUAUCGUGAGGGCGACACGGCCGUGGUGAGCAAGCUGCGCACGGCGCUGAAUGGCCAACCGCUUCUUCACGCAUUCGACGCGAUUACCGAGUUCAACAGCUACCAGAAUCUUGCGCAGAUCAUCGACCCCCAGGCUGGACGUAUUACCACCAUUCAGCCUGUUCGCGAAGACCGAGAUAAAUUUCCACCUGCUGUUGACGUGUCGUUCACUUUCGUGGGCCGAGUACAUGGCCCUGUGCCGGAGAAGAAGGACGGAAAUGUAACCUUGGGAAACCGAGAGUUUGCCGCGGUCUUUUCCAGAUUCUUUGGUCAGGGGCUGCGCGAUGGAUUCUGGUCAGGACAUCCUUGGGUGGCCGUUCCAAGGGGGCUAGAGGGGCUGGAGCAGGCAUUGGGAGAAUUGAAGGAUUGGAAGUCGAGUUAUUCCAAACAUGUGGUGCGCAUUGCGGACACGCCUGGGGUUGAGGCGUAGGAUUGACUAAUGCCGGGAAUUGGGUAUUCAGAUAGAUUAUUAUUAAUUCAAUCGUUUCGGUGAGUAGCAUAUACAGAGGGG